AUGAAUCUCGGGGUUGUGAGUAUUUCUGCUCCCAGGCUUCAGAGCUUACAUAUCAGUUGUCUUGAUACGGAUGAUUGGGAUAAUCUAACUAGUUGCCAGGUCAUGAUUUUUGGUCCAAGUAUCAAGUACUUCAGUUACAAUGGCCAACUCGUGGAUGAAUAUUGCUUAUGCAGUUGUUCAAUACUAGUUGAAGCAAGUGUAAUUUGUAUCGACUUGAUACAUAGAGAAAGAGAAGUUGUUUAUCGAAUAAACAAGCUUCUCAGAGAGUUCUCUAAUAUAAAAUGCCUAUCACUUACAGGCCAAGCAAUUGAGGUUCUAAAAUGGGCAGAAGAACUAUUUGUCCAUCUUCCUGUGUUCCAUAAUUUGACCAAACUUGAAGUGGUUCCUGGGUCACUCGAAUUGAAUUGUAGAGGACUGCAUCACAUACUCCGGAACUGUCCUUCUCUUGAAUCUGCCAUCUUUGAUAGUAUCACCUGUGCUGCACAUCCUGAGAAUGACGAUCAGAUUCUAAAUUCGCUGCCUUCAUGUUUCUUGUCCCGCCUUAAGAGCAUCACAAUUGUUAUGUUCGAGGGAAUAGAUGAGGAAUUGAGUGUACUGCGCAUUUUGCUUAAGAAUACACCAGUUUUGGAAAGGAUGGCCAUAAAUUGCUUAGUGGAUUUUGAAGGGGGAUCAGAUGAGAAAAAGGAGGUUCACUAUCAGUUAGUAGCACUCUUUAGAAGGUUCACGAGCUCUAUAACAUAUACAGCUUGGUUUCGAACCUAUGAUCUCUAG